CUAAUCUCGCCUCUCUGUGUAUGCUGAAUUCCCCGCCUCCCCACUUUUCAACGAGCGCACCGCUAUUUUUAGCACUGCCACGGAUUAAUGUAAAGUGGCGCAGAGACCGUGAACCGGACUGUCCAUAAGCAUUGUAUGUAGGACCUCGCUCGGUAUCGGUGCAUUCGGUGAGUUACUUGUCACGGAAACCACUUGGCACGGAUUCGGAAAUCGAGUGGGGGGAAUGAUGACAAACCCCAUGUACCCGUUUCUGGCUUUUUUUUCCUAGAGAAGCAUUUUCAAGGAUGCUGCUUUCGAAGCGGAUCGAACGACAACCCCGGCCCUCGCUCCUGCCCGUGGUUCUCCUAUGUUUCAUUCUCGCCACUGUCAGUGCCAGCAUGCCAGCUGGGGGUAAGUGCCCAUACCACAUAGACUGUGCCCGUGAGGGGCGGCACUUCUGCAAACCUGGCACCUCCUACUGCGGCCCCUGCCUCACCCCAUUGGAAGAGAACGAGGAAGGACAGUGUGUAGCAAGGAAGAGGCGCCAUCACCAUGGUCAAGUGACAGCCUUCUCUGAUCUAGAUGAAGAGAUUGACUUCCUUCACUCAGUCAUUGCCAAACAGGAAGUGUCAGAGGUCAAACAAUCAAACACCCCCUCCAAGGCAGUUCCUAUGACUCAGACAAAGUUUCCCAGACAGAGAGGCAAGGCCCAACCUUCUGCGGAGCAGCCCACUACCGCCCACCCCUCUACCCGGACCCCGCAGCCUGCCACUGGGGCUCUGGAGAGGGUGGGACCGGGGGGACCUGGAGGCCCCAUAGCCAUCCCAUACCCCUCCAAGGACAGUCUCCUUGUCAUUAUGAUCUCUGUGUGUAUCAUCUUUGGCACUGUGGCCCUGAUCUUGGCUACAGUUUGCUGGGUAAGGUUGCAGAAGGAAUCACGUCUGGCCCAGAAGGUAGAUUACCCUGCAUUUGGAAGCAAUGGAAAUGGAACAGCCAACAGGACUUCAUCGGGGGAUAAGAAGUUGGCCCAGAGUGCUCAGAUGUACCACUACCAGCAUCAGAAACAGCAGAUGCUCUCCAUGGAAAAACAUAAAUCGGAGACGAAAGUCACUGACUCAGAAGUCACAACAGAUGAGGAAGAAGUGGGCGGAGACUUCACUGUGUACGAGUGCCCUGGCCUUGCACCGACUGGAGAGAUGGAAGUGAAAAAUCCUUUGUUUGACGACUCUACCCUAUACUACCAAGGGAAUCCCAAGGGAAUUCCAUAGGCUUUAAUGCAUGCUGGAACACGCAGACACCACACACACAGAAACAUACACCCAAUUAAAACAUAAUACAAACCUACACACACACACGCAAUUUCUUUACUCUGGAAAAGAUCACCUUAAUUCUCCAAUCAGGUUGCUCUCUCAAAACUGGACAGGCUUCUACAGAUGUUGGAUCUUAAUUUGAUGCAUUUUGUUGCAGAAGGAAAAUUAUCUGCAGCAGGAGGAAUUGAAUGUCUAUUUAAUAUUGAUAAUCAAUACCAGGGGGCAGCUUGAAGCAGUGUUUUGUAGGCUAUACAAUCAUUUAGACUGUAGGUCCACUGACUAAUUGUUGUAUUAUAUGUUCAAGGCAAACAAUAAGCAAAAUAAAUUGGUGGUUAUCACAGAGCCUGUGUGGUCCAGUGGGUACAGCCGCUGACAACGGUAAACAUAUGCUAGAGUAGGCAUGGGUUUGAAUCUGGUCCACUAAUGUCCUUUGAGAAACUAGUACAUUUCUAGUUAAUCUCUGUGGGCUGUACAUUUACUCUUACUCAGGUAAUUUCUGGAGGAAGUAACUUAUUUUUUACUCCAUUACAUUUGACCCAAUUACUUUAGUUACAUAGAUUUUUAAUAUAAUAUUGUCGCUGUCGGAUGACAUUUUUUACAUGACUCGAUACGUCUGUAUGAACGUUUCACAACCACUUGACCAAUGAAAUGUAUUCAAAAUAGGUUGUCAUCAAAACUCUUUAGUCCGUUGUCUCUCAAAGUUGUCCAUCAAACCCAGUUUUAUCUCCACCACGGCUCUAAGGGAAGCGCACGUCUUCAUAUUUUUGUUCUUGGGUUCUUAGCCAGACUCGAUCAGAGGUAAGUUGCACUUUAAUUACCUUCUGCCUUUGUAAUAUUAUAUAUUUCUGAAGUAAGAUAAAUCAUUUCUAAUUCAUUUCUAUAUUUCUAAUAUAUGAAUAUAUUAGCUAACUAGCUAGCAUUGGCUGACCCAGACUGUGACAGAAAAAGUUUAAUCUCAUGUUUUUAGCUCCCCAUAUGACCUCUGGUAGACAUUCCUGCAGUCAGCACACCCCCUCAACUUGAGACAUCUGUGGCAUUGUGUUGUGUGACACAACUGCACAUUUUAGUGGCCUUUUAUUGUCCCCAGCACAAGGUGCACCUGUGUAAUGAUCAUGCUGUUGAAUCAGCUUGUUGGUAAAGACACACCUGUCAGGUGGAUGGAUUAUUAUCACUAACAGGGAUGUAAAUACAUUUGUGGAAGAAAAUGUAGAUUAUGUAGACUUUUUUUGUCUGUCUGGAAAAUGUCUGGGAUCUUUUAUUUCAGCUCAUGAAACAUGAGACCAACAGUUUACAUGUUGCGUUCAUAUUUUUGCUCAGUAUAGCUAUCACAUUAGGUCGCCAUUACAAGACAAGCUGUCUAAACUAGAUGCAGCGUCAACGAUGUAGCUAGCUAACAUUAGCAAGAUCAACAGGUCAGUCCACCGCAGCAUCCUCCCACACAUUUUUCUCCCUGUUUGUGUGUGUGUCAUUCUGUUUUUAUGAAAAUGCCUAUAAGCACCUCUUUCAUACAGUCAGUGUAUCAUCUCAGUAAGCUUUUUGUGCCCUAUAGAAAUCAUAUAGAUUGUCUUUUUAUUUAAAGCUUGUAGCGGCAGAACCGAGGCGAUAGGAGAAUGAGCCAGCCAAGAGAAGAAAAUACUCUUGAAAGUGGAAAGGACAGGUUCGGAAGGGAUGGAGUAUAAAUACUGUUUUGUCUAGAAGGGAUAAAGCUUUUGUCAAAAAUAUACAUUUUUCAUAACAGGUUAGGAGGAAUAAGUUAAGGUUAGUAAAAGUGUUAGGAAUAGCUAAAAGGCAACAACAACAAAAAUAGACUUUUGACAUAAAUUUAAUUCCAUGGUAAAAUGUGUCUGAUUUGCAGACUAGCAACACGAUUGGAUAAUGACAUUUCGGUAUUGAUUGUUUUACUGUUGUAACACCUGUCCAUUCUGAGUGGGAAAUUGAACAUCACACUUGGUGUAAAUAUUUUUGUAUGCAUAUUCACAUGUACUUGAAAUGAUAUGAUUGUCAUUAAUGCUAUUGAAAUUGUGCAAUUAUUCCAAUGCCUCGAGUACCACAUACCUUUUUAUGAAAUUGUGCACAUUGCUAGAUAUUAAGUCAACAUUGCAUGACCCUAAUUGAAACUAUACAGCCUACCGACUUUGUUUGAUGUUACUCUUCAUUGGAGAGUACCUGUGCUGGGGGACGUCUGCAAGAUGGUGCUGGCAGGCUUUAAUUAUAAAUGAAUGUUUUCUGACCGGAUACUUUUUUACUCAUUCAUGAGUAGUUUCUCAAGAAGGCAAAUUUUACUUUGUAAUUCAUUCAUCUAAGUAACAGUACUUGUGCUUAAAUACAGAUUUUCAGUACUCUACCCACCGCUGCAAAUUAUACAUAGCCUAACUAAAAAAACAUGGGUGAGCAUACACACUGGAGGAAAGUUUAUCGUUCUACAGUAGGCCUACAUCUGUCAAUCAAUUGAUGCUCCAAAUCAGCUCAUCAAUUUAGCCAGGGAAACACAAACAGUAGAUUAUCGGUUUUUAUUUAGUGACUAUUGAUUGGCUAACGGCUAGCCUACAAAAUGUAGCCUAUAGAAAUAUAAUCAAAUAACAAGGGGCCUAUUGCAACCAUUGAUGGCACUAGAUUAUCGCCAACUAAAGCCUUGUUCACACUGCAGGCCUUAAUGCGCAAAUCAGUUUGGGUUAUCAAAUCUGUUUUGGGCUACUGACUGUCCAGACAGCAAGCUAAAGGUGACCAAAUCGGAUUUUGUGUGUUCAGACAGCAGUCAUUUGCUGGCAAGGCUACGCUAGUUGUCAUAGUAAUGACAGGUGUGUGUGCACAGUGGUGUAGGCUGAUUGGUGGUGGUGCUUGUGCUUCCUAUCACUCAGACGUUAUGUAGUAAGCUAAGGUGACAACAAUGCCUUCCAUGGACGUGUCCCAGUUGCUUUGAAUGUUUAAAAUCAUUAGGGUAAGAACACUUUUAAAGCCUCAAAGGACAAGAUGAUCCCACUUUCAAAACGAGUCAUUUUUGGCUAGCCACAGCAGUCAACUAGCUAGCUGGGUAGCUGUUUAGCUUUCUAGCAUAUUCACUAGUUUGUUUGUAAACAAUGAACAAGCUAGGUAGCUCCCACAUGUUCUUGUCAAACUGUCAACAGAGUAGCUAGCAAGCAAUAAGAUAUAACAGUUUAAAAACCACUUGAGGGCAAAUAAAUCAGAUUUGACCGUUCAGACAAGUCACAUGGCCAGGAAGGUGGUUUGAAAUGCGGAUUGAAAUAUCAGAUUCCAUGUGUUUUUUUGGCUCUGCAGACAGCAGGGAAAAUAACAGAUCGAAUUGAAAAUGCAAAUAAAUAGGAUUUUAGUAAUUUCAAACUGCCAAUGUGAACACGGCUACAGGUCUCGUUAAACUAUCAAUAUGCGCUAAAUUUACCCACACAGCUGAUCUCAAUUCCAACCAUUACCUCUAAGGCCCGCAAAAAGAUGAUGGCGGUGUUACCUUAGUCAGAGAUCUGUAUAUAAUGACGAGAUGCUCAUGUCUCCGCCCUAACAAUGGGAGUCAUCCCAAAGGCAGACGACAAGCUUAGGUCUGCAUAUUAAGAAUAUGCAGAAUAUAUUCACCUCUUCCUCUCUACCUUAGUCCUUGCUUUCAACCAAAGUCUUUCAAGAUAUGUUCGCCAUCUGGUUUGUAUUGUGAUCGGAACAAUUUAGUCCUUUUUGAUCAGACUACGGGUGAUUUAUCUAUUUUACAACCAAUUCUG